AUGGACUACGACGACGACGACUACGACCAGUACAGGCAGUACGAAGAUGAGAUGUACAAGGACCCAACCGACGAAAGUGAGGCCAGCGAUGAAGUAGACAGCGAGUUGGAGGAUACUAUGAUGGGUCACAUUCAUUAUUCGACCAACGUCUACAAGAAAAUCGGAACUGAUGCUAAAUCGACUGAUAAUCAAGAGGCGGACUCUGCAGAUGAAGGAGACGAUAGCAGCAAGGAGUCGAGUGGACAUUUAGCAGAGGCUAAUACUCCAGCUGAGGAUUAUUUUAAAUCCACCAAGCAGGGCACCGGGGCGGACUCGGACACUGAGCAACAGAGCAAGAACUCGUCGUUGCCGAACGGAGCCUCGUCAAUACAGAUCGCGGAUGACGACGGCGACGGCGAGGAAGAAGAGUCCAAGUACAAAGUCGAGCGAAAGCGAGAUACCCAGAAGAGCUCGUCGGCUGCCGAAGCCAAGAUCGAACAAAAUAGCAAGGGUACCAAAGGUGCAGGAUCUGGAUCAGACUCGGACAUGGAUCUGAGCGACAGCGAUCGCGAAGGCGAUGGUUCCCAGGAGUGGGCAGCCUCCCAGGAUGACGAGGACGAUGUCGUGAGUGACGAUGAGGGUGCACAGUCCGAGACUGACGGCGAGAGUCUGGACGAGCAUUUCUUGGAUCUGACUAAAACGGUCUCUGGCGGUCAGGACGACGACAACGACUAUGAUCCUGAUGCCGAAUUGGGACAUCUCGACGACAAAAAGUUUCAGGACUGUACCGAGCGUCAUUCAUACGGAAACCGCUGCCACAAGUGUGGUUCCCACAGCCACGCCACAGAAGAUUGCCCGAAGGUUUGGCGAGUCUAUGUCAUGUCCGAGGAGAGUGCCCCAAGCGAUGUUGUCCAGUACUGUUACAACUGCGCCUCCCUUGGACAUUUUGGAGAUGCCUGUCCAAAACGGAGACCGAUGUAUGCACGAGGCGAAUCGGCGUUCAAUGACCAAAGCACAUCAUCGUCAAGUAGCAAUCACAACCACAGCAGCAGCAGCCACCACGGCCAAGCAUCAUCGUCAAUGCCAGGGUCAAUACGAAGCGGUGACAGGAACGAUCGUUACCGGGACCGCGAUUCGGAUCGUGGAGGCGACAGGGAUUAUCGCAGGAGCAGUAGAGACUAUGACCGUGAUCGGGAUCGGGACCGGGACAGUAGGGACAACAGGGAUCGUGGCAGCAGUAGCGGUAGUGGCCGUGAUCGUGAUCGUCAUCGCGAUAGCCGGGACCAUGGCCGUAGUAGCCACCAUGAUCAUCGAUCACACGAGAGCAGUCGUUAUGAUUAUGACCGUCGGGAUCACUCAAGGGAGCGGGAGCGAGGGCGGGAGAAUGCUAGGGAGCGUGAUUGGGAGCGGGAAAGAGAACGGGAUCGUGAUCGUCGGCACAAGACCUCUUCGUCAUCUACGCUAGCAGUCGCAGGUUCUUCAUCAUCAUUGUCAAGCAGGUUGCCAGCUUCUUUGCCAUCAAAGCCUAAACCAAGGCCGCCAACAACGAACCCAGCCUUGGUUCCGACUAUGGCGACAGGAUCUUCUUCCUUAUCAUCUCCAGCACCUUUGGGUUCGCAUGACAGGCCUAUCGACCUAUCUUCAGCUACUUCAUCCCCCGCCCCAAAGUCAUCGACUCUGUCUUCACGACCUAACAGCUCCAACUAUUCUGCUUCGAGGCUUCACAGUUCAUUGCCACCCAGGCCUGGCAGCAACAACGGGAACAACAGGCCGUCGAUCCUGGAUCGACCCUCGUUUGCGGAUCUCAAUGCUUUCCCUCGUGGAGGCGGCGGACGGGGUCCGCAAGGAGGUGAACCUCCUGCUCCUGGUACUGGCGGUGCUCAGCCUGGACCGAUGUACACUGGUGGAUACUCUAGGAGACGGAAAUAA